AUGGCACCGGAAUUUUCCAGUGUUCGUGGUACAGUCACCGUUCCACUACUGAGUGUCUCCAGCUACACCACCGUCAGUGUGGACGCCUAUUUCAAAUCAUUAGUUAAAUCACCAUCACCUUGUAUAAUUAAAUCUAACAAUAAAUCACGGGAAUUUAUUCGCGAUUCAGAAUUUCAACCCAACGUGGUAUUUUUACCUAAAUUGACCCAAUUCAAAAAUUACCAAUCAUCGCACCCCUCCCAAUCCACCCAAAAUUCAGUAUCCUCUCCAAACAUAAAUGUAAUUCAACCAGCAUUCCUCAUCGGAUUAGUGCGCAAGUGUUUACAUUCCGAGACAACCGAUUGUAAACACACAGUGUCCUUCAGCAAUUCACCCAACGACAAACUUCGGGGAUUUUCGGUGAGCAGUGGAGAAUAUUCCGUCACUGGGCCCAGUGGCGCAGCAACAGGUGGGCUCCCUAACAACAGCGUCGACUCAACUUACCGACGCGCCAACAGCCUCCCCAUAGUCGUUCACCCACCACAGUCGGUAAAACAGUUUGACAUCAAACUUACCAUUAGACCAGAUAAUUCAGACACUCAAAGGGACAUGACAGGCGCAGGACCCUCAACUCAACAGAAAGAAGAAGGGCCUCAAGUUCCAAAAUUGAUCAUCAACGAUGGAGAUGAUGACCCUCUCAGCACCAGUGUUCAACGGAUCGAGAAGGUCAAGAAAAGAUAUUCAGAAGCACUGGAACCUACAGAAACAGGACUCACAGUCUCUCAGGGAAUACAACUGAGACAACUCACCUUCAGAAGAGAGAGCAUCAUCGAGGCCUACAGGGAGCUUAGCCACAUCAUGAUGACUGAUGCGGACAUCACCGUAGAGGAGCUAGACGGCCAGAAGAGCAUCAUCGAAUCAGACUGGGCGGAGUUUCUAGCUCUUCAGUCGAACCUGAUCGAGUUUCUCCCCCACGAUCACCCCUACUUGGUGCAAGGUGCCUUUGAGCAAGCAGCUUGCACGAAAAAUGAGUGCUUGAAGCUCAUCAGCAGGCUCAAGGGACACCUGGCCAAGAAAACCCGUCAAACCGGCUCAUCACCCAGUCACUCACACCAAGAGCAACUGAAGAGGCUGGACCUGAAGACCUUCGAUGGCAAUCCUUCACAGUGGAAGGAAUUCAGCGACCUCUUCACGUCACUGGUGGGCAGCAAAUCGACUAUUGCACCAGUAGAGAAGAUGAUCAGACUUAAGAAUAGUCUAAAGGGAUCACCAGCAGCUCUUAUCUCGACGUUAGAGAUAAAUGACCAGAACUUCGAAACGGCAUGGAAGAAGCUCACCAAAAAAUAUGACGAUCCCAGGUUGCUGGCCCAAUACCUGUUUAAUCGAGUACUGGAGCUACCAAAAAUCUAUAAGGCAACGGAGGAGAACCUCAACAAAAAUGCAGCAGCUGUAGUUGAAACGCUGGAUCAACUACGAGGAGUAGCAGGUUUGUCAGACGCCAACCUGACGGAACAGCUGUUCGCGCACAUGCUCAGAAAAUUACUGGAUGCAGACACCCUAAAGCAGUGGGAACUGAAACUAGGAGAUUCAAAGGAUUUCCCCAGUCUCAACGAGUUCGUGGCAUUCCUUGAGGCCUGCGGAAGAGGCAUCAAUGCAGGAGCAAAACUUCAUGCCACUCAGGAAGUCACAGCAAGCAGCAGAAGGCCCUUCAAGAAGGGAAAUGCCUACGCAGCAGUAACGCAACAAACAGAGGACAGCACUACAGAGACUCCACACCCAGGCAAGUGCUGUUCAAUGUGUAAGGGAAAUCACUUCAUCGAUAGAUGCCAGAGGUUCAAGGAUCUGACAUCAGCAAAGAGGAAUGACGUUGCUGUCAGCAAUAGCCUCUGCUUCAGAUGCUUGGGAACCCACAGAAAAUCAAGGUGCACAUCAACGGAGCUUUGCCACAAAUGCCGAGGCACUCACCAUACGCUGAUCCAUGGAGGAAGCAAGUACACCCUUGGACAGCCUCAGCAGAGCCGCGACUCGGAGCAAAGCCAAAUAGCAGGGCCCUCCACCAAAUCCACGGAAGAAAGGGCAGAGGAAACUUUGAUCAAGCCCAGCAUACCACCAGUCGCAGUCAACAACCAGCAGACCAAUGAGAGCUCAAAGCCACACCAACCAGAAGCAGUUCAACAGUCAGUGCUGUUAGCAACAGCCCGAGUCAUAGCGACAUCACCAAGAGGGUUCACCAGCAGAGCAAGAGUCCUCAUAGAUCAGGGUUCAGAGGUGUCAUUCAUCUCUGAAAAUCUAGUAAAUCGACUUCACCUACACAGACAGAAAUCAACGUUGGAAUUAAUUGGAAUUGGAGGGAUCAAUUCCGGACACACAAGAGGAUCAGUAUCAGUCACCCUUCAGGCAAUCGACGGGUCUCAGCAAGUGAACAUCAACGCCCACAUUUUAAGGAAACUCACAGCAAUCCUCCCGUCUUUCUCCUGUGAGUCAGCGAACGUUGGCUCACUGGAAAAUUUACAGUUAGCAGACCAGCAGUAUCUCCAACCUGGCCCAAUAGAUAUUAUUAUUGGAUCUGACAACUAUGGGCGGAUCAUACUGAAUGAAGUUGUCAAAUCCAAGCAGUCAAGAGUCGUUGGCCAACGCACAGUCUUUGGUUGGAUCCUAUCCGGACCAAUCAAUUGCACCAGUCGCUCCACGAGGAUUUCUCUAGCAGCUGUACGAGAAUCUUCAAACGAACGAUUAUUAGAGCUCCUACAACAGUUCUGGGUCCAGGAAGAACUACCAGUCCAACGUUCAGAAAAUUCAGAGCUAUCUCCAGACGAAAUGGAGUGUGAGAGACACUUCACUUCCACGCACAGCAGAGACUCAACAAGGCGCUAUAUAGUAAAGCUCCCCUUGAAAACAGCAGCAGCAGCGCUGGGAGAGUCGAGGUUUAAGGCCUCUCGCCAGCUCAGAUCAACGGUCAGCAAGCUCAACGGAAAUUCAGCAUAUGCCCAGCUCUACAAGGAGUUCAUCAAUGAGUACGAAGCAAUGGGGCAUAUGAGGCGUGCUCCAGACUCUCCAGAACCCUCUCCAGUCUAUUAUCUUCCGCACCAUGGGGUCUUGAGAGAGGAUGCCGUCACCACCAAGCUGAGAGUCGUAUUUAACGGCUCCAGCCCCAGCUCAUCAGGUAUGUCAUUAAACGAUAUUUUACAUCCUGGUGGAAAAUUACAGGUCAAUGCCAUGGAUGUGCUGACAUGGAUGAGGAAACACCAGCUCGUGUUUGGCACUGACAUAGUCAAGAUGUUCAGGCAGAUACGAGUUCACCAAGACGACUGGGAUCUUCAGAGGAUUCUGUGGUUUGAAUCUAACCAACAAAUAGCCUUCCAACUAACCACAGUCACCUACGGUCUCAACUGUUCACCGUGGCUGUCCCUUCGAGUUCUGCAACAGCUAGCGGAAGACGAAGGUCAUCGCUUCCCUAAGGCCGUCGAGACAAUCACCAGGGGUCGAUACGUAGACGAUAUCUACGGCGGCGCAGAAUCAGCAGAAGAACUUAAAGAGAUAGUCUGGCAGUUACAGGGACUCUGUCAAGCAGGAGGCUUCCCUCUCCAGAAAUGGAGUAGCAAUUGCCCACAGCUAUUGCAUGAGCUCGGACUAUCAACAGAGGAAGAAGUCAUCCAGUUUGAAGAAUCAGUCACCAAGGUACUUGGGCUGUGUUGGCAUCAGUCGUCCGACACAUUCAAGUACAAAGCCAGGAAAUUCAACGGCACGACGAUCACCAAGAGAAUCGUGUCCUCAGAGAUAGCCCAGAUAUUUGAUCCUCUGGGCUUCAUAGCACCCGUCGUCAUCCAGGGGAAAAUUCUCCUUCAAGAUUUAUGGAAACUCAAAAACGAUUGGGAUAAUUCCCUUCCAUCAGAGUAUACUCAACGUUGGGAGUCAUUUCGCAGCCAGCUCAACGACUUAGAUAAAGUAGACGUACCCAGAUGGCUCAAGCUCUCCUCCCAGACAACCAACAUUCAGCUACAUGGCUUCGCAGACGCUUCAACCGUAGCCAUGAGUGCGGUAGUGUACAUCCGCACUGAGAAUCCCAACGAGCCAACUUCAACAGUCUUGGUCUGUGCGAAGACCAAGGUAGCACCGAUUAAGCGCAUGACUGUUCCUCGAUUGGAGCUCACAGCAGCGCUCCUACUAAGUCAACUAGUCGCAUCAACUCAGCAGAUGCUCCAGCUAAACCAAGUAGAAACUCAUCUCUGGUCGGACUCUUCAGUGACACUAGCCUGGAUAAGAAGCCACGCCUCCAGGUGGAAGGAUUUCGUCCAUAACAGAGUGGUAAAAAUUCAGGAAACUCUCCCAGAUGCUACUUGGAGACACGUCAGUGGAAAGGAGAACCCUGCCGACUGUGCCUCCAGGGGCAUAUCUCCAAGCCAGUUGUCACAUCAUCAACUCUGGUGGACAGGGCCUGAAUGGCUAAACCAGGACCCUGAAGAAUGGCCACAAUCAACAAUUGAUGCACCACCGAUGGACAUCCCAGAAGUGGCCAAGGAAGCGAAGCCAGUAACAGCUCACCCAGUUGCACCUAGGAUCAAUGAGAUCGCAGAAGUUCUCACCAGGUACAACACAAUGGCCAGACUACUCGCAGUAACAUCAACAAUAAACAGAGCAAUUAACCGGUUCAGGCGGCUACCCACGCCCCCGGGACCAGUCUUAUCACCUCAGGAACUCAAUGAAGCAAGAUUAUUUUGGGUAAAAAUAACUCAGAAUCAGUACUUCGGAUCAGCUCUUCGGGUCCUCGCAAGAAACGGGCAGCUACCCAGGAAUCAUCAACUAGCAAGGUUCACCCCAACUCUCGAUCAACUAGGCAUCAUGAGACUUGGAGGACGCCUUAAAAAUGCAGACUUGCACCCAGAAGAAAUUCACCCAAUAAUCUUGCCCCGCCAGUCCAGAUUCACCACACUGGUCAUACAAGAAGCUCACCACAGAACUCUCCACGUAGGGACACAACUCACCUUGGCAUCCACACGCCAAAGGUAUUGGAUAAUUGGCGGAAGAGGCACAGUCAGGGCUUACAUCCUGCGCUGCGCCAUUUGCGCCAGACACAGAGCCAGGCAAGCUCAACAACAGAUGGGUCAACUGCCAGCAACAAGAGUCUCACCAGCAAGGGCAUUUCUCCACACGGGGGUGGACUAUGCUGGUCCAUUCCCCAUCCUCAAGUGGAGACCAACAAAUGCUCCACCAGGAUCAGUGCACAUUGCAGUUUUCGUGUGCUUCACGACGUCAGCCGUUCACCUAGAAGUCGUAUCCAGACAAACCACCGAGGCGUUCAUCGGAGCCUACAAGAGAUUCACCGGCAGACGGGGUAUUCCAGCUAUGAUGUACAGUGACAAUGCCUCCACAUUCACCUGCGCAGCAGAUCACCUACAAAGGCUCUAUCACGAAGCUUCUAGAGAAAAUCUUCAAAUUCAGGCUGCUCUCGCCACAAAUGGGACUCAAUGGAGUUUCUCACCACCUAGAGCACCCCAUUUUGGUGGCAAGUGGGAAGCAGCAGUGAAAUCAACAAAAUAUCAUCUCAAGAGAGUAUUGGGGAAGACGUUGGUAACGUUUGAGGAACUCAACACCACACUCAUUCAAAUCGAGGCCUGCCUCAACUCCAGGCCUAUCUCACCGAUGUCAGAUGAUCCAGAAGAUCUACAGGCCCUCACCCCAGGACAUUUCCUGAUCGGCGAACCCCUCCAGGUGAUACCAGAGUCAUCCUAUGUCGACAGGAAUCCGAUCAAAAUAGGAAGAUGGAAUCUGGUGACCCAGUUAAUUCAACAGUUUUGGACCAGGUGGUCCAAGGAGUGUCUCCAGCGAUACCAGUCGAUCUACAAGUGGAAGACACGUCACCAAAACAUAAAGGUUGGCGAUAUGAUGCUGAUGGUCGACCAGAAUUGUCCACCAGCUCAGUGGCCAAUCGCCAGAGUUAUUGCAACUAAACCAGGAGCAGAUGGGCUUACCAGAGUUGCUACGGUCAGAUUCAACAAGGUAGAGGUCGGUAGACAUCGAGAUGGGACACCGAACCAUGAAAAUAUGACAGCGAGCCCAUUGGAGCUUGACAGACCUAUCACCAAACUCUGUUUGCUCCCUACGGACCCACCAACACCAGAACCACUUCCAGAAGACGAUCAGCUAGAUGAAGACGAAGAAGAAGACCAGCAGAGCGAGCACCAGUAA